CGCACGUCGAAAUGGAGGCAUCGUAUGGCUCCAAGCCAGCGGCACUCUGACUGUCGCUAGGUUGUCGCGCGAAGCAGAACCCAGAGCCGCACUUAUCAGAGCCGCCGAUGAUUAAAACACGGGUGGGUUUCUGUGGAAACCAAACCGGCCAUUGCCAGGGAUAAGGUCAGAGUGAACGUCACUUCAACUGACCGAUGCCGCGCGGACGCCCCGUAACGUCAUUUCCUAUUUGGAGGCGCAGUGUGCAAGCCACAAGAAGCCAAGCCAAGGAAAAGACCAACACUCUUUCUUCCUAUAUUUAACACUAGGGCAAUGGUGGAAGAGCCUCAGGACGAGACGAGGAAGCCGGCGCGCGAGCGAGCGAGCUCCGGUAUGUUGCGUAAGGAGCUGGACAUGCGGCUCACGGCCUACCUGCCCGCCGUGGUGCGGCGUCACGUGGAGAAGCAGGACAUGCAGCGUCCGCUCUCCAUGCCCACGACCCACCGCACAACCGUCGUGAGCAUGUUCGCCGACGUGUCUGGCUUCACAGCCAUGACCGAGUCGCUCGCUGCGCGAGGACCCGUGGGCGCAGAGGAUCUGGGCAAGCACUUGAACUCGUACUUCGAACAGUUGCUGAGACUCGUGUCCAGCGCCGGUGGAGACGUGUUCAAGUUCGCAGGAGACGCCAUGCUCAUCUUCUGGCCCGAGAGCAAGGAGGACACGAUGGACAGCUUAUUACGGCGUGCCCUGCAGUGUGCGCUACGGAUCCAGUCGCAUCUGCACGAGGCCGAGUUGGCUCGAGGUGUCGUGUUGAGUGUGAAAGUGGGCGUGGGCAUUGGCGAGGCCACGAUCGCACACCUUGGAGGCGAGAGUGACGGAGCCACGGCUCGCGUUGAGUACGUUGCAGUCGGACCGGCGUUAGAGCAGGCGUUCAGUGCCGAGCACCAGGCUGAAGCGGGAGAUGUCAUCUGCUCUAGUGAAUGCUGGAAGCGCGUUCGUGAGUUCUUUGACGGCGCACCUGUCCGAGGGCAUGAUGAUAACAACAACGACGGCAAUUGCUUCCACAAGGUCACGGCAGUGAACAAACCUGUCAAGAUUUGCUCCAGACGACCAUCAUUUACACGCCACGACGCGCUGCUGCAUAAACGAAUGAAGCAGUAUGUUUCUCGGGCUGUAUGGCCCUACCUGGACGCACACGAUGAGUUUUGGGGCUCCGAACUCAGAGACGUCACUGUAUUAUUUAUCAACCUCGGCUUCAGUGAGCAGGAUCUUGCUCGAAUGCUCGGAGCGAAGGAGCUUCAACGACUUCAAGACGCAUUUGCCAACGUUCAGAAGUGUGUGUACGACUACGAAGGCACAAUCAACAAGUUCCUAGUGGACGAUAAAGGCAGCACAGUUAUCGCGGCGUUUGGUCUACCACCAGUAACACACGAGAACGACCCGAUUCGAGGCAUUUUGGCGUCUCUAGCUAUCUGUGCAGCACUGGGCAACACUGGUCUCAAGGCUUCAGUAGGUAUCACUACUGGUACGGCGUUGUGUGGAGUUGUUGGUCACCAGGGAAAUCGACGAGAAUACACUGUACUGGGAGAUAUCGUGAACUUGUCGGCUCGCCUGAUGCAACGCGCUAAAUCUGAAGGCGGUGGAGUGAUCACAGACGCCUCGACGAAAAUCUACACGCAAGACGUGCUCCACUUUGAGAAGCGCCCCGAGAUUAUGGUCAAGGGCAAGAACGAGAGCAUCAAAAUCCAUCGACCAUACCCGCGCAUGUCAAUCCUGAUGGACUAUCAUCUUUCGUCGUCCCAACAGCAAAACCCUCGGAUCAAGACCAGUUCCGUAAAGCCCACAGAGGGGAUUAUAGGCCGCACAGGACGUGCCAACGCGUUGUCGGUGGUAAGUCGUGCUGCUCCGAUCCAGAAUUUGAUGGAAAAUAUGCAUCGCGUGCAAGUACGUGACGCCCAGCGACGACUAUCACUGCGUGCUGAUCGACAGCGACUACCAGCUGCAGAGCUUGUGGAAAGCGAGAGCUUCGUCGAAGUCCGUGCUACUCUUCUUGAGAAAUGUUCGCAUCUAAAUGCAUUCGCACCUGGAGGAGCGUUCGUACUUGAGGGAGACAUCGGUGUGGGCAAGACUGUACUGCUUCGAUCUGCUCUUGCAAGUCCCGAAGCAGGAGAUUACCAGGUUCUGGUCGGUACAGCCAGUCCGUUUGUCACGAAGAAGCCGUAUGCUGUCUGGUCGGAGCUCAUUACUCGAGGUGCGAUGGAUUAUCUGCAGGGAACCAGUACUGGUCAAUCUGAGCCUGCACCUCCGCUAUCACCGGACGUAGGCACCACAGCGGACUCGACUCCAAGCCGACUAGCGGAAACGAAACGCAGACAAUGUGUGGCGCAAUUCGUGAGGCAGAAGAUUCGUGAAGGUGCAGCACCCAACACGACGCUAGUACGAUAUGCGCAUCUGCUUAAUGCAGUUCUGGACACAGACUUCGACGCUUAUCCUGACCCCAGCAAUGAAGCAGCCGUGAAGAACGACGAUUGCAACAACGAGCUCACUAACCAGAGCGACGAAGACGGUGAAAAGAGUCAACGACAUAACGAGGAAGAGUUACGUGCCUGCGGAUACGCCUUUGCAGAAAGCCCGGACAGGACUUUGAAUGUGAAAGAGGAAGAGAUCGCGUCGUGGUUUUUGGGCCUAUUGGAGAUGGAUCUGGCUCAAAAGGAAGAGGCUCGAGCGUCGUUGGAUGCUUCGCCUUGUGUGGAUACGAGAGAAACCGAGCAAGCCAAUGAAGACGAGCAAGAGCCAGAGUGGAGACCCGAUGACCUGGAUCUCAGCGGCAUUCUACUCUUGUGUGCUCUGCACGCCAUGUCACGCGACCGCGCCACGGUGUUCUGCCUUGAUAGCGCCAUGCACAUGGACGCAAAAUCGUGGGUUCUGGUCACGAUCAUCGCGAAGUAUUUUACGAACUGUUUAGUCGUCGUAGGUACGCGACCACCGAGUUUGGCACUAGGCGAAAACACUGAGAGCUGCUCGUUCCGCAAGCAACUGAGUCUUCUCAAGCGGCUCAAGUCUUCAUCCUGUAAAUCUCUUGACUCGUUCAGCAGUGGAGAGACUGAGUUGCUGUCACGUCAGAUCUUGAAGGUUCCUGUGAUCCCCAGUGAUCUAUUGGCGAUUCUCGUGUCUCGCUCGCAAGGAAACCCUCUCUUCCUGCACGAGAUCAUCGCAGAGAUGCAAGAGCAACAAGUGAUUAAAGUGGAUGACAAGAAAGGAGCUCGCACGUGUGAGCUUCAUGUACAGGAGUCAUGGGGGGACAAGUCCAAGGCACAGUUCUGCUUUGCUUGUCAUGCCAGCUUUGGAAAUCCCAAGAAGGACAAGGACAAAGACAAGAAAAUCGACGUGGAGAAGGAGAUGAACCAGAUCACCGACAUUGAUGUGGCCAAGAAAUCCAAACAUCGCUGCAAAUGCUGCGGCUAUUUUUUCUGUGCCGAAUGUACUCCCAAAGCUUGCCAAGCAAAGAUCCCGGGCAAGUACAGCGAGUCUGUACGUCACUGUCGCACGUGCUACAACUUGUCAUCGUCUCGUCGGCCUAGCGGUUCUUCUGUCGGGGCUGCGGCCGGAGCAAUCAACGAUAAGCGAGCACGAAAAGGCCGCAUUCGCUCGAUAUUUCAGUCUGGAGGUAGUGGAGACCAUUACUCAUCAUCUACAUCGUCGAAAUCUCCUGCUUUGGCGAGUACCCAGACACUAACGAAUCGUAUUGCGUUGAGACCACCACGGACCGUCAAGAGUGUACUUACAACCAUGUUGGACCAGCUAACAUGUUCGCAGCGGAUGCUUAUGAAGACCGCGAGUGCUAUCGGACCAGUCUUUGACAAGGAAAUGCUGCGUGGCGUUUGUCCGAUCGAGGCUCAUCUGUCUCGGUUUUCUCAAGACUUGGAGGAAUUGGAGCAAUUGGCCAUGAUCCGAAGAAUCGACACGUUCGUUGGAGGUGUGCCUGCAUCGUCCAAGGCUCCAGGAGCAACAGGAGCCAUCUUGACCCGCAGUCAAACUGCCCCACCGAGUAGCUACUUGAAGGUGAAGUUCGAGUUCAGCCACGGCUUCAUGCGCGCUGUCAUCCGCGAUCAACUUCUCCGAGGUCAAUUAGACAAACUCAACGCUCGAGUCGCUGAUUUCCGUGAGCAACAGCAGAAGGAAUUACGCCACAAGUUUUUCGCCAAGGCGAACGAGAGUCUUUCUCGUCCAAUUCCAUUGAGUAUCCCAGCUCCUAGCGAAGGUGAAAUUCGACGAGCACUCACUCCAACUGGAGUUGGAAUGGGCAACUCGCGCUCACCAGUGGAAACCCGACGUCAAGAGGUUCGACGCAAUUCCCACUCAGGUAUUCAUCAGGCCAGCGAUAUUGUGACUGUAUCAUCCGGUUCUUCGUCCGAGUCGUCAACAACGCAAGCGGUACACGAGAGCGAGUACGACGACGGACUGUUUCAUCCUGUUUCCAGACGUCAGAUUGGAUCGCUAGCUGGUAGACAAGCGACGUUCAUUCGCUUGAAGGCAGAUCGAGUACUCGUCAAGAAGUACAGCAGCAUGUUCUCCCACUUGAAGCUGAAAGGACUCAAGAACGCUCGACAAUGGAAGACUCGCUAUGCUGUCUUGGAGAGCAACCGCUUGUCACUCCAGCGCGAUGAGGACGACCCAAUUGGAGACUCCAGCAGGUCUGUAUCACUGCAACAAGGUGCUCGACACUGGACGUUGUUGUCUCUGAAAGGUGCAAAAGUGAGUGCGUGUGACCCCGAGGUGGCUGCCAAAGUCAACUGCUUCCAAGUGCAGGUCUCGGAGUGGACGAAGAAAGGAAAAGUGAUCAAGAAUCAACGACGUUCCUUUAUCAUCGGCGUCGAUAGCGAAGAAGAAGUGGACAACUGGGUCUACAUGAUUCGAUUCGCGAUUGAAUCGCUGGAAAGUCAACCGGUCGGUUUGCGGUAGUGAAUGGGAUUGAAGAUGGUAGUCCGCUGCCUUGAAAUUUGGCGCGGACAGGUAACAUUCGUGUAACUUACUUUACGAGUUGUAUGAAAACACCUUCAAACGUGAAUAUUUGUUUGAAAA